CCCGGACAACAGCCCCGCCUUCCCCGGCCCAGGCUCCUGGAGAAACGGCAGGAAGGCGCGGAAACGCUAGAGCUGAGCGAGGAGGGCCGGCCGGUGGCUUCCAGCGCGGCCGCCCGGCCCAAGCCGGUGCUGGACUGCACGUGCUGGGGGCUCCCCCGCCGCUACGUCAUCGCCGUCAUGAGCGGCCUGGGCUUCUGCAUCAGCUUCGGCAUCCGCUGCAACCUGGGCGUGGCCAUAGUGUCCAUGGUGAACAACAGCACGGUGCACAAGGGCGGCCACGUGACCGUGCAGAAAGCCCAGUUCAACUGGGACCCCGAGACCGUGGGCCUCAUCCACGGGUCCUUCUUCUGGGGCUACAUCGUCACGCAGAUUCCCGGGGGCUUCAUCUGCCAGAAGUUUGCGGCCAACAGGGUCUUCGGCUUCGCCAUCGUGGCCACGUCCACGCUCAACAUGCUGAUCCCCUCGGCUGCCCGUGUCCAUUACGGCUGCGUCAUCUUUGUGCGGAUCCUGCAGGGGCUCGUGGAGGGGGUCACGUACCCGGCCUGCCACGGGAUCUGGAGCAAGUGGGCCCCGCCUCUGGAGCGCAGCCGGCUGGCAACCACGGCUUUUUGCGGCUCCUACGCUGGGGCGGUGGUCGCCAUGCCCCUCGCCGGAGUCCUAGUCCAGUACUCGGGAUGGAGCUCCGUGUUCUACGUCUAUGGGAGCUUCGGCAUCUUCUGGUACCUCUUCUGGCUCCUGGUGUCCUACGAGUCUCCGGCUCAGCACCCAAGCAUCUCGGAGGAGGAGCGCAAGUACAUCGAGGACGCGAUCGGCGAGAGCGCCCGCCUCAUGAACCCGCUCGUGAAAUUCAGCACGCCCUGGCGUCGCUUCUUCACGUCCAUGCCCGUCUACGCCAUCAUCGUGGCCAACUUCUGUCGGAGCUGGACGUUCCCGCUGCUUGCCUUUUGA